AUUUUUCAUUUAAACUUGUCAAAGGCUUACCCAGCAACUCCAGCAGAGCUUAUUAAAACCUUUCGAAUGUUAUUAUUUUCUAAGUGUGAAAGUAUAUGAACAUAUUAUACAGAUCUUUCAUAUUAUACUUAUUGUUGCCUUCAUCUAUUCUCAAUGUAACAUUCAAUGUUUUAUGUAAUUUUAUAUAUAUACGUUUAAACUCAUACGUAAAGCUUAAUCUUAAUACUAUAUAGCCACAAUUCAUAUGGUAUAGCAUAAUUAUUAGUUAAUACUCAGUCUCAAUAUUUCUGUACAAUGUAUGAUGUAAUCAUCUAAUUUCAGAUGACGCAAAUCUACUAAAAUGUCGAGCGGUAACCAACGCGCAUUUUCUACUCGGAUUAUUAGGGAACCUGCCGGGAAUAUAAGAAAACAUGUCGCCCAUACUGCCGGGAGUAGUAGCAAUGUUAUGGCCGGUAUUGGGAGAACGUCUGUAUCAUCCAACAGAUCCAGGCCGAUGUCCUCCACCUCUAGCAGUCACACUAUUGUAUCUGAAAGUGUUGGUCUGGAACCUAUAGAUUACGAGGAAUAUGUUUCCAAUCAUAGUGAACGAGAUCCUUUAUCCCAGAUGCUUGAAUUUCCCCCUGAGGAUCUGGAGGUUAAUAUUGUUCCUCGAAAAAUCAGAACUGUUCAGCAUGUACUGCCAGAGGAACCAUAUGAGGAGCUGGAUCCUAAAGUGCAGAAUUGUGUUGAUUGCUACACCUCGGACUGGGUUGUAGUUACAAGGAAAUACCAGCAGUAUAGUAGCAGUGUUACCAUCAGGGAUCGAGGAGAAGAGAAAAUCCAUAUUUUGAAUACAAUUCAGAAACAGGAAUUUGAGGUUGAUGAUACCCCUGAUCCUUCUCCUCAGUACCCAGACGCUCAGAAACGUAGUGGAAAAAUGAGAAAUUUUAGAAGGAGUAGUAAUAGUAGUGAGACGUUGCUCAGGGGGAGAUUAGCAACUGCCUCCUCUAAAUCCUCUUUGUUAAACUCUAAUGAGUCUAUCAUUGAAUAUGAUACUGGUUCAGUCAAGAGUGAAGGUUUUGUCAGCACUAGCACAAAGGAAAGUCAAAAAAGAAGAAAUUCCUUGAAAACCUCUAGUAGUCUUAGGAGGGUUCAGGAGAGAGCUCCAAAUGAGGAGAAGGAACGAAGAUUGUCAUUUAAGAAUUUAAGAUCAACUUCAGAAAAGCACUUUAGAAAUGUUUCAAUUAAGAAGCCUAAAAAGGUGUCAUGGAUGCUAAGUCAGGAAGAUGACAGAAUAUCGAUAGCUUCAACAGAUUCAAAUUCCUCAUUCUUUGAACCUUACUUUAAAGUCGAUCGUUGUGAAACUCCAAGCAAUGAAAUUCAAGAGAUUUUCAAGUCCAAUGUUGUAACGACAAAAGUAAAAAUGAAGUCUACUCCAUUUGAUGAAAGUCCAUUGAACAUAAUGACAGAGUCUUUUGAGUCUGAUUCUACGUUAGUUGCACAAAUGGAUGGGGAAACAACUCCUACCUUUGAAGAUGUUGUGCUAAGACACAGACCUGAAGAUUCUUUAGCACAGAAGCUCCAGCUGAUAAGUGGGAAAAAGCAGGAUGAAAACAAAUCUGGUUCAGAGACACCUCGUGGGAGUUGGGCUAGUUUUGACCUGAGGACAUCUAAACCUGAUGAUCUUUUACCAGGUCUUCUUGACAAGGUUGAUCCUGAUCUUUCUGAGGAAGAAAACUAUAAGAAGAGACAAGAAAAUAGACCAGAUGCACUAUUUUCUCUCUACCCAGAACAGGAUGAGUUUACUAUGGUCGAACGAAGAUCUGUAGCUGAUAUGCCAGCAGAAAUCCAGGGACACCGUAUCCUGGUAAAAUGUCUGGAGCUGUCCUUGUCACUGCAAGACGUGGAACCGGUGUUUGCUAGUAUGGCGCUUUAUGAUGCAAGGGAAAAGAGAAAGAUGAGUGAGAACUUCUACUUUGAUAUGAACAGUGAGAGUGUAAAGAAAAUGCUGUCUGGACAUGUUGACUAUGCUGAUAUCUCCACCUACGCUCGGUCGUGUGUGUUUGAUAUCUCCAGCCAGCCCUGGGAUCUGUUCCUAGUGGUUAAACUUGAGAAAGUUCUUCAGGGGGAUAUGAACGAGGCUAUAGAACCAUAUCUCAAGGAUGAUCGAAAUGUAGAGAAGGUUCGAGCAACGGCUAUGGAUGCCUGUAAGAGAUUGGGAAGAUACAGAAUGCCUUUCUGUUGGACUGCUAUAGAGCUAGCCAAGAUAUUCAAGGGGUUAGCCCAAGAGACCGGAAGUGACGUAGACAGCACCGGAAGUAACAGUUUAGACCGGAAAAGUUCAGCAUCUAAUAUGGAAGCAUGGAAACGGGUUGAGAAGGAAAAAGCCGGAAGUCUGAAUAGACGUGGCUCGUUAGACCGGAAAGAGAAGAGGAGUAGCUGGGCUGCUAGUGAAUCAGAGUUGACCGCAACCCUAGACAACUUCCCUCCGGUCACCCUUACAGUGAGUUCCUUCUUCAAGCAAGAAGGAGAUAAGUUGAAGGAUGACGACCUUUAUAAACAUCUUCAGGAUUUGAAGAAGGCUCAGCCUAAGCUUAAACAGCUGAAAACCAUCAAAGGAUCCUUGAAACUGGAUAUUUGUGUCGCUGGAGAUUCAAUUAAACAUUGCUUAACACCAGAGUUAGCUAAACUCAAACCAUAUCCAGAUCCAAUGGCUAGACCCUCGAAAGAAAUUCUGAAUUUUCCUCCUAAACAGAAUGAUAGUACACAGGAAAACCCUCACUACCAGUUCCGGAACCUCGUGUACGUGUUCCCUAAGGAGUUGAAUUUUACGAAUAGAAGUGGAGAGCGGGCCAGGAAUAUUGCUGUCAAGGUCCAGCUAAUGUCUGGUGAAGGAGAUGAGUUCGCGCUGCCCGUAAUAUUCGGCAAAUCAAACUGCCCAGAGUUCUCAAGGGAAGCUUUUACUGCUGUUGCCCACCACAAUAAGACUCCGGACUUUUAUGAAGAAGUUAAAAUAAAACUGCCAAGUAAUCUCAGGGAUCAUCAUUAUUUACUGUUCACCUUCUAUCACGUGACCUGCAAGGGCCAGUUGAGAGACGGAGAACGACUGGAGACUCCUGCAGGAUAUACUUGGAUUCCAAUAUUAGAUGAUAAAGGUUCCCUGGCAACUGGAGAGCAUAAUCUACCGGUGGCAAGUGAACUUCCAUCCGCGGGAUUCAGUUUUAUUUCAACGGAAAAAGCUCCUCCUGGUUCUGCCUUCAAAUGGAUUGAUAAUAAGAAAUGUAUCUUCACUGUAGAUAUUGAGGCCAUCUCUUCUGUACACACAGAAAACCUAAAUCUUGACACAUUUCUGACCAAAACAGCAGGACUACAAUUAGGUCAAAAACCAGCCAGAGUAGCGGAUAAGGAUAUGGAACAAGAUCUGAUAAGGUGUCUAAGGGAUGUUGGGGAGAGCAGGCCGGAAUCCUUAGUUGCCUUUAUGCCACUUGUGCUUGAUAAACUACUUCUACUAAUGGUUAAACCGCCCACAGUUGCUGGUCUGACCUUGCAUGUUGGUCAAGCAGCAUUCUCAGCUAUGGCGGAGGUUGUCAAGGUUAUAUCAACCCAUCUCAGCCACAGAAAUGAUCUGCAUGGAAGGAACUCGUUGUUGUCUACCUUCAUCCAAUUCCAGGCUCAUCUUCCACAUCUAGAUCCUGCCUUAAGCAAACAAACUCAGAGAAAUAAUAAGCAUAGAAUGUUUGGAGGCGAGGGAAUGAACCUGAUAUCUGAUGCUGAGGUGGGUCAACUCAUGCGCAACCUUAACCUCCAACAGUCAACUAUAGAAAGAGGUGAUCUUGGCAACCCAAUGGGGAUUGCAGUUCAAGGGAAACUACUUCAUGAACAGCUUGCCCUACAACUUACUCUUUCUAAGGAUUCUGCUAGGAAUUCAGCUUUAGAAAAUAGUUGGUUCUUUUUUGAACUAAUGAUCAAGGCCAUGGUUGAACACUUAGCAACUACUGGAACUCUGGGAGCUCCUAGAAAACAUCGGUUUUCUGAGCAAUUUCAUGAUGAUAUCCUCAACAUGGUCUCUUCUCUUACAAGUGACAUCAUCAGAAAGUAUAAAAAGGAUGAAAAGAAGACAGAACAGCUGAACGCCUGUCUGGGAUUCUUUCUUCAUGAUCUUCUGUCUGUAAUGGAUCGAGGAUUCGUCUUUUCUUUGAUCAGAACUUACAUGAAGGAGGUGUCUGCUAAAGUUGCUGAUGAUCCUGAGAACACAGUUCCUCUUUGGGAACUCCAGAUUGAGUUCCUGAGAAUCAUCUGUAGCCAUGAACACUUUAUACCUUUAAACUUGCCUCAGUAUGGACCCAGUGAUCUUACAUCAGGUUCCUCAUCUCCAACUCCAUCCUUGAGAUCUAUUGACAGUGCAGCCUCUCUUGUUUCUACUAUGAUGGGGGACAGGUCUUCGUGGGCAGAAUUAAGCACAGAGUUCCGUCGACAGCAUUUCCUUGUUGGGCUCGGGUUAACUAAUUUAUACAAUGCUCUAGACCAGGAUAAUGGGGACGUACAUAGUAAAUCUGUUGCGCUUCUCAGAAACCUUCUAACUUGUCACGAUUUAGAUCCCAGAUACAGUGAUAUGGAUUGUAAGGCCCGUGUGGCAAACCUCUAUCUACCCCUUGUUGGUAUUAUUAUUGAUAAUGUUGGAUGUUUGCAUGGAGCUACAGAGCUAUACAACAGCAGAGAUGAAGUUACCACCCCAAUCAUAGAUCAGAUUACAGCUCAGCAAAUAGCUGGCAGUGCCAUGUUUGGUACAGUAGAGAAUAUGAGGGAACCUCAAAGCCAGCAGAAGCCUGCCAAGUGUAAUCUAGCUGAGGAUACCAGUAGGCACCUUUUAGCCUGCUUUCUUUGGGUGGUGAAAAAUGUGGAACCAGGCGUACUUCGUCAAUGGUGGUCAGAACUGCCAGGGGAAAGACUUAUGUCUCUGUGUGAGGUGCUAAGAUUAACUGUGUCUUCAUUUCAGUACAGGGGAAGACAAGGAUUUUGUGGUUCUGCCUCUCCGCUAGAUAUCUUUCCUUUCAGUCAUUGCUACAAUAUCUAUGAUUCCUCUAAGGAAAACACGCCGACCACUCCUGAGAAAAAGUUUAUUAUGAAAGAAGAGGGUAAGAGACAUUACAGGAAAGUUGGACCACAAAACAGCUUCAGGAAAGCGUCUUCAGAAGUUAAAAAUCAUUUAGAGGAUAUGAUCUUGGGUCGAAGUCAUGCUAAGGAAAUGAUGAGCCGGGGCUCCAGAAAAGGUCCUGCUCCCUUGUCUCCGAACCCCGAUGGGAAAAGAUGGAAUAGACACUCUUACUCUGCUAGCGGCAGCGCAGUACAGUACAGUGGGAGUACACGAGUACCCCCAGAUACUCUAGAUGCCGCCAGAACACCACAAGUGUGGGACACAGAUCUGGAUCUUAUAAUUGACGGAAACCUGUCAACAGAGAUUAGUCUGGUUGUACUAGACACUCUAGCUGUCGUAGAACAGGUUGUGAGUCAGACUGAUCAGUCUCAUACCCUUCUUGCAUCAGUAUUGCGUGUAAUCCUUCACGCUCUUAACACAAACCAGUCAACCAACCUUCUCCAACACCUAUUCUCUAUACAACGAUCUUUAGUUACUAAAUAUCCAAAUCUUCUGUUUGAUGAAACCACUGAGCACUGUGCCGCGCUAUGCAAGAGUUUACUUAAACACUGCUCGUCUUCAAUAUCUUCAAUCAGGUCUCAAGCCUCUGCAUCCUUGUAUCUACUGAUGAGACAAAACUUUGAAAUUGGAAACAACUUUGCCAGAGUUAAGAUGCAGGUGACGAUGUCCUUGAGCUCCCUGGUGGCAGAGAUCAGCUCCAACUUCAAGUUCAAUGAGGAACAUCUGAGGAAAAGUCUGAAGACAAUUCUAACCUACGCUGAGACAGAUUCAGAACUCUCAGAUUCAUUCAACUCAUUCCCAGAACAAGUCCAGGACUUGGUGUUUAACCUGCACAUGAUCCUGUCUGACACGGUGAAGAUGAAGGAGUACCUGGAUGAUCCGGAGAUGCACAUGGAUUUAAUGUAUAGAAUUGCAAAAGGUUACCAGACUUCCCCUGACCUGCGACUGACAUGGCUUGAGAAUAUGGCAAACAAGCAUAUUGAACAUAAAAACCAUGCAGAAGCUGCCAUGUGUAAAAUUCACUCUGCUGCAUUAGUGUCCGAGUAUCUCCAUAUGCUAGAGGAUAGGAAAUAUAUGCCCAAGGGAGCUGUUACCUUUGCUCAGCUAACACCUAAUGCUAUCCACGAGUCUGCAGUUUCAGAUGAUAUUGUAAGUCCGGAUGAGGAAGGAAUAUGCACUGGAAAGAAUUUCACUGAAAAUGGACUGAUUGAGUUCCUUGAACAAGCGGCUGAUAACUUCACACUGGGUGGGAUGUUUGAGGCAGUGAAUGAAGUCUACAAGUCAGUAUUGAAGGUGUACGAGGCAAACAGGGAUUUC